AUGACCGUAUCCACACCAGGUACCAGUGUCCAUGGCGAUCUCGACCACCCCUCAUUCUCCAUCGCCUCGCUGUCCCUGGGCACCAACGUCCAUCACAACCUACCUACCAAGAUCAGGACCGCUUCCCGUCUCGGCUAUGAUGCCAUCGAGAUCUUCAUCCCCGACUUUGACGCCUUUGUGCACGAAGUCGGCGUCGGUCAUCAUGCGGACAUGUUCACCGACGAAGACUGGCUGCUGGUCCGCGCCACCAAAGAUCUCGAGCUUCUGUGCGCCAAGACGAUUGGUCGGUACUGCCAGGAAUACGGACUCGUGAUCAGCUGUUUCCAGCCUUUCCGCGAGUUUGAAAACUUUGCCGGGGCGAGUCGCAUGGCCAAGACGAAGAUGGGUAGCCUGCCACCUCGUCUACAAGUAGCGCUCGACCGGGCGGAAUCCUACCUCCGCCUCAUGCCGGCGCUGCAAUGCGACCUAUUGCUCGUCUGCUCCAAUCUGCUCCCCUACGACCCGAUCGCCGAGAGCUAUACGGAGCGCGAUUAUCUUGAUGACCAGGUGGCAGCUUUCACCGAGCUCGGACAGUUGGCCAGCUCAUAUGGGGUCAAGAUCGGGCAUGAAGCCCUCGCUUGGGGUACCGUUGUAAAUCGGUGGGAGCAGGUUUGGGAAGUGGUAGAUCGGGUCGACCUACCGAAUGUCGGCGUCAUCCUCGACUCGUUCAACCAACUCGGACAACAAUGGGCAGAUCCCUCGGAGCCCUCGGGACGUCGACCAUUACCACCGACAGUCCUUAGCGACAACCUGCUGAAACUUUCCCGCACCAUUCCCGUCGAAAAGAUCUUCUUCUACCAAGUAGCCGAUGCUGCCAAACCCGAUUCUCCCAUCCAGUCCUUCCCGACAUUCCCUAGUCGGAUGGCCUGGUCCCGCAAGAUGCGCCUCUUCCCCAUGGAAGAAGAAGGGUACCUUCCCGUCCUCGAUUUUACGAAUACGUUGAAGCGGAUGGGAUACAAGGGAGUCUGGAGUCUGGAGGUCUUCAACGCCAGUCUGGAUAGUCUGGAUGAGAAGACCGUGGAGAGUCAUGGACAGAGGGGAAUCGAUGGGUUGAGGAAACUGCACGAGGCGUGUUCGCAUCUAUAA